AUGGUUGACAAUGGAGGGGAGUUCGAUAACAGUGAAUUCAUUGAUUUUUGUGAAAAAUUUAACAUUAGGGUUUUAACCACUGCUGCAGAGAGUCCAUGGAGUAACGGAAUAGUUGAAAGGCAUAAUGCUAUCAUUGGAGAGACUGUUCGAAAAAUUAUGAAUGAUCAAAACUGUGAGUUAGAAGUGGCUUUAAGUUGGGCAAUUAGUGCAAAGAACUCACUUGCAAAUUACAAUGGCUACAGUCCAAACCAAUUACUUUUUGGCAAGAACCCUAAUAUACCAUGCAUAUUGACAAAUAAGCCACCUGCAAUGGAAAGUAAAACUGCUAGUCAAGUAGUAGCGAAAAAUUUAAAUGCUAUGCAUGCAGCAAGACGGGCAUAUAUCGAAAACGAGUCAUCAGAAAAGAUACGACGAGCUUUGAGACAUCAAAUUAGACCUUCUGGAAAUGUGAAAUACAUAAAUGGUGAUAAAGUCUAUUAUCGGAGAAAAGACGACAAACAUUGGCAUGGCCCAGGUACAGUUAUAGGUUUUGAAAGUCAGCAAGUUUUGGUAAAACAUGGAAGUCGAUACAUUCGUGUGCAUCCAUGA